AGAACGCAUGCGUGCCUUUUCUGUCACUCGGCUUGCUAAACGGCGCUAGGGGAAAAUUGCUGUGCUGGGGCACGACAGCAUAUGAGGUUUAUCAUCUUAUAAUGUUAUACUGAUCGGAACCUCAUUCUGUUCCUUGAAACUACUGCGCUAAGGGAGUAACGACCACAAUGCUGCGUGUCUGUUUGAGAGGGGCAAAUGCAGCAGCGCGGCAAUGUGUUUGUGGGAAAGUGGCCGGCCACCCUCCCUUGCAGCACUGUCGUCGCUACACCUCAGCCGGAGACUCAGGAGUAAGUGCGGGCAAAAUUGUGGCUGCCAGCCUUCUAACAGUGGGCGGUGGGCUUGGCGGCACAAUCAUUUAUGCCAAAUGGGACCCCAAAUUCCGUUCAAAUGUUGAGAAGACCGUCCCAUACUCCGACAAGGUGUUUGGGAUGACGCUGGGUCCCCCUCCGCCUCCUGUCAUCGUGCCAAAGAAACCGGCAAAAGUGGAGCCCCUGCAGAUCUCCUCAGUGUCCGAGGCCACCAAGGACUCCAAGCAGCCGAAGAAGGAGAAGAAGGCCAAGGAGGCCGCGCCACCCCCAGAGGAGGCCCCAGCAGUGGAGGAGGCCCCCGCUGAUGCUGCUGCACCUCCUCCACCACCUCCUGCCCAGACCAUCGAGGAGGCCUCCGCCGAGGCUGCCCACAUCAUCUCGGCCAUCAGCGAUGUGCCCUCCGUGCCCGCGCCGGGCACCGUCGACGAUGCCUCUGCUCCUCCUCCUCCUCCCGCGGCGGAGCCCGAGGCGGAGGCUGCUCCCUCAGCCGAGGCCGCAGCUUUGCCUGCAGGGGAAUGUACGGAGUGUGCUCAUGAGCCUGCUACACUGAAAGAGAGGCCCGCGGAGGAGGUGACUGCUCUCCUGGCUGCCAAGGAUGCGGCUGAGCAAGACACUCUGGCAUCCAUCUCCAGUAAUCUGGACGAGACGCUAGGCAGCUCGGCCAAGACCACCAUGGCGGCCAUCGGAGCCCAGGAGGCCGCCCUCGCAGCCAUCGCCGUCCACACAGAGAAGCUGAAGGAGGCCAUGGACGAAGAGGGUGCCGCGGACACAAAGUCAGCCCAGUGGAGGGCGCUGGAGGAGGCCCUGAACGAGCGCAGCAAGGCUGUGGACGAGGCCGGAGCCGCCCUCCUCAGAGCCAGAGAUGAGCUUGAGAAACUAAAAGGAGUGAUCACCUCUGCUAAGGACACCAACAUUGAUGCGGCACGGCCACAGGUGUUGGCAGCUGAGGAGAACCUGCAUAACAUGAUUGUAGACCUGGACAAAGUGGUGGGCAAGGUCCAGUUAGCCCAGUCCGAGGCAAAGAUCGUGUCUCAGUAUAGUGACCUGGUCAACGAAGCCAAGGCUCAGUUCCAGAAGGAGCUGGACAGCAUCACACCGGAAAUCAAAGCCAGCUGGAAGGGACUUGCCGGCAAGCUGACCACAGACGACCUGAACUCCCUGAUCGCGCACGCACACCGGCGUAUCGACCAGCUGAACCGCGAGCUGGCAGAGCAGCGUGUGCGGGAGCAGAUCCACAUCGAGACGGCGCUGGACCAGCAGAAGCUGGAGCACCAGAAGGCCCUUGAGACGGCCGUGCUCACCGCACUGGAGCACAACCGCGAGGAGAUGAGGCUCGAGCAGGAGAAGAAGGUGGCAGAGGUGCGGGAGGUGAUGGAGGCGGAGAUGCGCACGCAGCUGCGCAGGCAAGCGGCUGCACACACAGACCAUCUGCGCGACGUGCUCAAGGUGCAAGAGCAGGAGCUCAGAGCAGAGGCCGAAGAGACCCUGACCAACAAAAUGCAGGAGCAGGAGACCCACUACCGCAGGCUGACCCAGGAACAGCUGGACGCCUUCACGCUGGACAUGAACGCCGCCUACGCCAGGCUCAAGGGCGUGGAGGAGGCCAUCGACAGUCACGUGAUCGCUGAAGAGGAGGCGCGUAAGGCCCACCAGUUGUGGCUCUCUGUAGAGGCCCUGAACUACUCCCUCCGCACGUCCGGCGCCGACGCCCCCACAGAGCCCCUGGAGGCCGCCGCCCUGGCCGUGCGUGAGAGCUGCGCCGACAACGAGUUCGCCCAGGCGCUGGCGACGUCCCUGCCCACCGAGUCGCUCAGCCGCGGCGUGUACAGCGAGGCCUCGCUGCGCGCCCGCUUCCAGGACGUGCGGAAGCUGGCGCGACGCGUGGCGCUGAUCGACGAGACGCGCAACAGCCUGUACCAGUACUUCCUGUCGUACGUGCAGGCCGCGCUGCUCAUGGAGCCCGAGCAGGAGAGGCCGCCCGAGCGCCUGUCGCCCACCGACCUGGACACCUUCAAGCUGCUGUCCUACGCCUGCUACAGCAUGGAGCGCGGAGACCUGGAGCUAGCCGCCAAGCUGCUCAACCAGCUGACGGGCGAGCCGCGCCGCGUGGCCCAGGACUGGCUCAACGAGGCACGCCUCACCCUGGAGACCCGGCAGGCCAUCAGCCUGCUCUCAGCCUACGCUAACGCCGUGGGGCUGGGCACCACCCAGGCACCAUGAGCCGCCCUCCCAAAACCUCCAGCCUCAUCACCCAGAACCAGGGGUGCAUUUCUCGAAACCGUAGUUGCGAAGUAAUUUCCCCACUGGCAACUACCCACGUUGCUAACUGGUUAUAACGACUACACUUUCGAGAAACGCAACCCAGAGCUGGAAGACACGUGGAGAAUACGGAGAGUUGGGAGAUAUUACGAAGUUCUGCAGGAGGCGACUGUCACGCGAGCUGUAUAUUUUCUAAGUGCCGCGGCUCAGGCCCCAGGUAGCUAACAAGGAAACGCUUUUGAUGUAUCUGUGUUUCCCUCCCAGUCUCCUGAGAUAUGUUUUUUUUUAUUUAAGAGUCUAAAGGAACGAUAUCAGUCAGAAGUCCCGAAGCACUUUUUUUUUUGUUUUUCAAACAAUGUGGCAUUAGCCUGCUUAAACUAAAAAAAAUAACGUGGCCUACCACUUGAAACAGGAAUGGAAAUAAGAAUAAACAAAGAACAAACUGUUCUGAAUGUUGACAUGUACCUCAUAUGCAUACAUGAAUUUCGUCAAGUUUAGCCGUUGUACGGGAAAGAAUAUGCCACUCCCUUGUAUAUAAAGAAUGCACCCCUCUUCCUACUCACUGAUUUCAUUGCUGUGUGUGAGCUUUGCAGCCUCAGCCAGCCUCCAGGUUCAUACACAUGCUAGAUUUUACACCUAUGACACUAGCCAUCUUCACUGUUUUAAAGCCCACCACACACAGACACGUCGAAGGUUGUUGUUCAAUUUUGUCAAUGUUCCCAUUCUUUCAUCUGGUCAACCCAACUGACCACAGGCAAGACAUUCAAAUAAGAAAUCCUGUCCAUGUUUUUUUGUCAUGCUACACUUCUCCCUUAGUAACAUUGGAUACUAAUAAAUCAUGGAUGUUGUGAGUA